AACGGCCCUGUGUCUCGAGUCGACGUCACUGAGGCUACACGCCUGUGUUCGAAGGUGGAGCGGGGUCAGAGAGAUUGCUACUGUCACACAAUCGGAUACAUUGAGCGAGAUUGAUACAGUGACACAAAACGGAUACACCGAGAGAGAGUCAUACAUUGACUGACUCACUGAUUCGCGCCGAACCUGGGGGCCAUGGAGCGGCGUUGGCACCAGGACCAAGGCCAGGACACUGCCAGCAGCGAGAAUGGCCAUACGAGCAGUCUGAGGAACGGCAGGAACCCGCAGGUUCAGAACCAGGGGAUGUGGCCUCAAAAUAAAACAAAAGCCAUUUCCGACCAGGAGAAAAUGAUUUCCCUACAUUUCUCUAACCCACAGAUUCCGGUGGAUGAGGAAGAAAGUGCCAUUGAUGACUGCAAAAAAAUGGGGACACUCUUUGGGGAAAUCAACAAAUGCCUGCUCAGUAUUGGCUUUUCACGAAUGCAUUUUGGGUCCCGUGUUGUUGAGCCAGUUGUAAUGAUUUUCUUUUGGGUCAUGUUGGGUUUCCUUGGUUUACAAGCUUUAACGUUGGUGGGAGCUCUCUGCCUUAUUAUUAUUUUCAUCCAGGAAUAAAAAGUGUAAAAAAAAAGUCAAUGAACUCCUUUUUCUACUUUGUGUAUGUUAUGUAAUUAUAUUAAAAAUUUGUAUUAAUAUGUAUAUAUUUAUAAAUAUAUACAAUGUAAAAUGCACAAGAAAAUAUACAACUUUUUAAGUAUUGCAAUAUAUCAUCUUUUUAAGCAUUUUUAACCUCCUUUGCAAAAAUUGUACUGUAUAUAUGCAAUAUUUACAAGGCUUUGGCUGAAAUAUAGUAUUUUUAUUGAAUAUUUUCAUCUUUGGGGCAAAAUACUAAUGUCUCAAAGAUCUUUUGUUCAGAAAAGCUCAGGGCAUGAAGUAUGAGAAAUAUUUGUCGUGUUCUUUUGAGGUUCUUGUUAAUUAUUGUAAAGUUAUUUUUACUCCAUGUUUGAAAGAAAAUGUUUGCACAAGUAUCAGAUUUAUCUUUUCAUUGCCAAAAAAAAGGUGAAGUGAAAUAUUGUUUGAAAUGUAUUUUUCUCCUCAUGCAAGUUUUGAUUUUAUCAAUAUUCCAAAAUCUGCUUUGCCAAAAUAAAACAUUUUGUCAAUGAGAAAAGAAAA